ACCGGCGCUGUCUUCUAGUUUUUUGAACCUCUGCGACCAUGGCCACAUCCAUCUGCACAUUGCUCCUGCUGUCGCCCCUGCUGUCCAGCGUGUACGUUGAGGGUUUUUCUCGAGGGCCCGUUGAACUCGCUCCUGUCCCCUGUAACGACAAAGCAGUGGAGAAGCUGUCUCGCCUCGGUGUCACUUACAUCAAUGAAGACCGCAGCGAUGGCUACAAGUUUGCCCUUAACCGCAUUGCAAAUGUCCACUUGCAUGCUCAGGGCCCAGCAGGCAAUGUGUAUUACCUGGACCUGGAUGUCCUGGAGACCAAGUGUCACACAGGGAGCCCAAAACCAUGGAAGCGAUGUGAUGUCAGACCAUUCAUGGAGACACAAAUCUCUGGAAACUGCAACACCACCGUUCUGCACACACCAGACGGCUACUCCUACCUGUACAGCUAUGACUGCACCCUCGUGCCAGAUCCCCCAGAGAAGCUCCAGCAGAUCUGUCCGACCUGCCCCCUCCUGCUCCCCACAGACAGCCCACAGGCAGUGGCCACAGCUCAGGUCACUCUCGCCUCCUAUAAGAGACAGUCCAGACUCAGUGCUGGACUUGGAGUGAAGAAGAUCACCAGAGCCGCAGCUCGGGUGGUGCCAAUGAAAGCCAGUUUUGUGGAGUACACAGUCCAACAGUGUCCAGAGGGAGUGACAGAGAGGGGGGACUGUCAGGGACCAUCACUCCACACUGACACAGAGGCUGCAGGUUUCUGUGCAGGGUCCGUGCAUGGGGACAUGAACACUUACCCUGAUGUCCAGGUGUCCUGUGAGAUGUACAAGUUACAGAAUGUGGACACCCUCAGACCGGUGCAGCCACAGGGCCACGACCUCCCUCUAGGCCCCGUGAAGCCAGUCUUCCCUCCUCUGACCGAUGACUCAGGAAAUAAUCCACAGCCUGUUCCCUCUGACCCAACAUCGCUCCCUGCUGUUCAACCACCGCCUUUUAACCCCUCACCUGUUGACCUUGUUCCCUCUGACCCUUUCACCUCAUCAUCCAGUGAGUCCACUGAAGGGCCAGGCUACCAUCAACAGCAGCCACCAAAUGCUCGGCCAUUUGCUUCCUCCUCAGAGGAGAUUGGAGGGCCUGUGGCACUGCGGCCGCCCUUUAACUUCCGCUACCAGAGGCAUAACCGCGAGAGGCGGCAGGCUUUGAUGGGGACUUCAACCUCUCACACCCCAGUCUUCCUGUCUGAUUUCCCCAGUGGCCUCUCUCCUUUCCGCUCCUGUCCUGGUCCCGCUCGGUACACCACUGUUUAACUGACGCUGCUCAGGAAAACAUUUGUUCUUCUUUAAUUUUAUCCACUGAGACAGAGACAGUGGAGCAGCGCCGCUCCACGGUCCCUGUCACAAGAGGCUUAUAAUAAUUGUGUGCAAAUGAGAGGAGCACUUUCUUUUGUUUUUUUUUUGCUUGGCCCUGAAAUGACCUCCCUGCAAGUGCUCACAAAGCAGCCAUGAUUUUAGAAUAUUCAUUUGACAAUGGUGUUAAAUACGAGAAGAAGAAAAAAAUAUGAACGUCCUGGUUUUAAUCAACUAUUUGAAAAGCACAUGUAACCUAAUAGUCCAACAACAUUAUGGAAUACAUCAAAUAUAGAUUUUCUUCUGCUACAAUAAA